AUUGUGCGUCCAAGGGGACCAGAAACAAACAAGCGGUCUACCUCUACCCUAACAAAUUUUAUCAACGGAUUCCUUGGAAAUCUGAAAAGUGUCACAUCAGACUAGGAGGAAGGGAAGCCGCCGUGGUCCACCAUUCGACCGUUUGCGUCCGUGGUCUCCCUUCUCAUCCGUUCAAGACCGAGCCAGAGAGGUCAGUCAUUUACCCUUCCUGAGUUUGCCUCCUGUAAUGAAAUAGAAUGGCGAUCGUAUCGGGUGCUUCCAUCGAUCCAGAGAAAGUCAUCUCAUACAACUUCCCUGAGACAACAUAUACCUACACAGAGAGAGAUGUAGUGCUUUAUGCCCUUGGUGUUGGAGCAUGCAUAAGGAGUGCCACAGAUGACAAUGAGUUGAAAUAUGUCUACAAUAAAGAUGGUCAAGCAUGCGUCAUGGUGUUGCCAACUUUUGCAGUUCUAUUUUCUCCUUUAUCCCUGCAGCAGGUGCCAGGUCUUGUUUUCAACCCAACUCUUUUAUUGCAUGGUGAGCAAUACGUGGAGAUUUACAAGCCAUUUCCUACAAGUUGCUGUGUACAAAACAAAACAACUGUUUCAAGCUUGCAUGACAAAGGAAAAGCAGCAAUUAUUGAGAUUGAAUCGUUAAGUUAUGAUAAGGAGUCAGGAGAAGCACUUUGCAUGAACAGGAGCACUAUAUUUCUGCGUGGUGCUGGUGGUUUCUCAAAAUCACCAUCUUUGUAUUCUUACUCCAAGAAUCCACCCAGGCAAGGGUCUUUUGUUAAGAUUCCAAAGGGUGAGCCAUUUGCUGUGCACGAGGAUUGUACACAGCAAUCUCAGGCUUUACUGUAUCGCCUUUCUGGUGACUAUAAUCCAUUGCAUUCAGAUCCCAUGGUUGCAAGUAACGCUGGGUUUUCUCGCCCAAUAUUGCAUGGAUUGUGCACACUUGGAUUUGCAGUUCGGGCAAUUAUCAGGCAUUGUUGUAAUGAUGAACCAGCUAGAGUGAAAAGCUUAUCUGGUCGUUUCCUACUACAUGUUUACCCUGGGGAAGUCUUAGUCACAGAAAUGUGGCUCCAAGGAUCAAGGGUAUUGUAUCAAACAAGAGUAAAAGAAAGGAAUAAGGCAGUGCUUGCUGGCUAUGUAACUCUGGACCGCUUGCCUUCGUCACUUUAAAUUCAUGGUAUGCCCAUGGAAUGUAGCACUCUCAGACUCAUCUUUGCUUUCCUACUAGGCUUAGGAUGGAUAUUUGUAUCUUCCUAUGUAAUUUCGUUUUUUAGGACAUUUGUUGAACAUAUGUAUGGUUACAAGCCUUUCUAAUAAGGAAUUGUUUACUAUGAGACCAUUUAUUUUUUGUACAAAGAUAUCAUAAUCACUUUUAGCAAUUGGAUGU